AUGCUCGUGGCAGAUGCUAUGAACGAAGCUGUGUUCAAAGCAUGCAAAGUCAAGUACGGAGACGUUGCUGGCAUGCUCACCACCACUUUUGUCGCCCGUGACCUCGAACAGAUCCGACAAGCCAUGGCAGAGGACCAGCUGAACGGCUAUUUCGUCAGUUAUGGCACACUCAUUGGCCAGAUCUACAUCAACAUGUUUCCUGACAGAGUUGGCAGGCUCGUUCUCGAUGGUGCCAUCUAUUCGCGCUCUUACAGGCUAUUGGCCGCCUUCGGAUCUGCAGGACUCGACAACGUCACAGAUAGUUUCCAUGAUGGAUUUCUCGGAGAAUGCGUUGCUGCAGGACCGGACAAGUGUGCUCUUGCGCAACCUCUUCGGCCAAGCGACCCUUUACCCACAAAGCAAGACCUCAUCGACACUAUGCAGCAUUUGCUCGCCCAACUUAUCCAACGUCCUGUUCCUGGAUACAUCAACAGUUCAGGCCCUGUCAUUGUUACCUACUCUCAGCUUACCACGCUUCUCCUCAUGGCAGUGCAGGACCCUUUCGCCUGGGGCGACUCCGCAACUGCAUUGCACGAUCUGCUCCUUGGCAACGCCACGCUGGUUUCCCAACUCCUAGAUACGUGGGAUUUCGACCCCUCGCUGCCCACUUCAACACCGGCAGAUCACGCGCAGGUGGAGAUGAUCAUGCUUGUUGUUUGCUCAGAUCAGUACGAUAGCCCUUUGCCUGCUGGAUACGAUGUCGAAACCAACGGGGAAUUGUGGUAUCUUGACCUAUGGAGGCGAAUGACCGACCAAGCCGAGAUUGGUGCCGAUCGCAACUUCUUGCUGAUGCUUGCCUGCCGUCAUUGGAACUCGACUUUCGAUGCUCCAAAGGAAGUGUAUCGCGGGGACUUGAACCACACGCUGUCCAAUCCCGUGCUUUUGAUCGGAACAACGUACGACCCAGCUACACCUCUGCGAAACUCCAGGAUGUUGUUGAAGGAGAUGGAUGACAACGCAAGGCUGAUUGCGCACCAUGGGUAUGGUCACUUAUCUGAUGACAAGAGUUCCUGCACCAACGACAUCAUUCGAUCCUAUCUGGUGAAUGGUACAGUACCCGAGCAGCCAGAAAUGCCGUGCUUUGCCGAUCAGAAGCCAUACAGCCACACAUAA